AUGGGCUUAGAGUACAUGGAGUGCAAGAACCUGUUUGAGACAAAGAACAUUCGGGAUAUCGUAAGCAUAUCAAGGCUACUUGGAAUGCCACAGAAAACUACAUACUUCACUCUAGCCAUCUACUACAGAUACAUCCUUAUGAUGAAGAGCAGAAAGACCAUUCCAAUAGGUGCUGCCUGCAUACUACUGUCCGGUAAAGUAAAUGGGUCUUUAAGGAGCCUUGAGCACAUCUUGAAGGCAAGCUACAAACACUAUGAUGUUGACCCAGAGAAGUUCUUUCAAGAGGACUAUAAGGAUGCAAUUGAUAUCGAGCUCCAUGCCUGCAUUGCAAUGGACUUCAACUUCGAAAUGGAGGAUCCUUAUGGUUUUCUAGAGAAGUUAUGCAUGGAUAAUGAUAUCGACAGGUCAAGGGCACAAACAAUAUGGGUUAUGUUGAACGAUACAAUGUACCUACCAUUUAUACUGUCCUUCAGCAUAAGGAGCAUUGUUGUGAGUUGUAUAUUUAUCUCAGACGUUGCAAGGGGCAAUGGGUGCGAGGACAUAGAUGAGUUCAAAGGAAGAUAUAAGCUUUCGGAAAUCAAUACUGAAGAUAUAGACUUUAUUUCCAGAGAAAUUGUGUCGUUUUACGAAUGUGCGUCAAAAUAG